AUGGACAUCGAAUCUCAUGGACAUUAUUCAAUUGUAGAAACAAAUGAAGAUCAAAUAAUUGUAUCAGGGAACCCCAGAACUCUGAACCAAGUGGAUGUUAGCCAGAGAAAUCAGCUCCCAUCUGUUAGUGAUGUUUGGGCGGCAGUUAACAUAUGUGGUUCCUAUUGUCCAUCUACUUCUGGGAGUGACAAAUAUGCUUCUGCCAAUGAGAUGUCACUUGGGCAUUUACAGUUUAUAAAGGAGCAACUAGUGAGAAUGAUUGAUCUGGAAACAGACAGGCAGGAUAAGAAGGAUAUGUUAUGCAGACAACCUGAUGAAAUGUUUUUCUUUGGUUCUUACCCUACUCAGGACCGAGAUGAACAGAUACAAUCUCUCGUCAAGGGUCGGGGUAGUUCACCAUACCAUCAAGAGCAGAAAAAACGUCUGUUAUAUAUUCAACCAGUAGCGAAUCGAAUGGUGGAGGCUGCUCCAUUUUCCCAGCAAUUCAGGGAACAGACUCAUCUAUCGCAUCCUCUGGAUCUGAGGAAGAAUAGACUAUACAAUUUUUACAUGCAUCAGAACAUUCCCGCAUCUCACUCGCAUUUGAAUGGAGCAUUGAGUCAGAAUUGGUAUCCAGGUGAGAGAGGAGGCCAUGGAGGAUCGUCUGCAAUUGAAGGUUCAGGUGCCAUUUGUUUGAACCUUGGCACAAGCAGCGUUAGCAAGUCAGGUCAGAACUUACACAGUAUUGUAACUGAAUGUAAGGAACUUGGACGUGGUGCCACCAAUGAUUCAAUUCAACAGUUCAUCCAGUCUGAAGACUAG